CAAAACCUCACUCUCUUGAUAGAACGAACGGUCUUCACUUUCACUGUCUGCAUCUCCCACAUCUUCUUCUCCUUCUCCUUUUCACUUGUCUCAAAAGUUUCUUUCCAUUUCCUCUUUAAAUCACCUCAAGAUGCCGAUCAACAAAGACCCAUCAACACCUCCGCCUGUCAUCGGAAAAAUCGGGCCUUACACUGUCUUCAUGACUCCUCCGGCGACUCCAAAACCACCUGAAUCUCCUGCCGCCGUCUCUCAGAAACCCAUGGUUCCGCCGCCAGUUCUUCCUCCGCCCCAGCAGUUUAAAUCGGUGGCUUCCUCUGAACAAAACGGCUCGGUUUUGGGGUUCCUCAAAAACGCCGCCACAAAGGUUCAGAAUGCACAUUCAAGCGUGGAUGAUCAUUUGGUGAGAUGGUUUGGGUUGAACCAAUCUAAGUACCAGUGGGCUUUAGACGAGUAUUACGAAGGCAAAGCGUCUGAAGUGAAGAGCGUGAAAGCAAAGGAGAUGCCAGGGAAAGUUCAAAACGAUUAAGCGACCAUAUAUACAUCCCCACUUGUUGUCGCUUUCGCCAAUCUCCCAAACCUGUUUUCCUGAGAGAGCUAAAAAAAGAAAAGCUGGAGUCUUGAUGAAAGUUUUCUUCGAUCAUUGAAUUUAUUUAACCUUGGAGAUAUCUUUGGUAUAAUUGAGAAACUAUUGUAGUUCUUCUUGUGAUUUGUUGUAAGAUUAAUAUAUAUAGAUGAUGUCUCAGUUCAAAACAGUUUAGCAAG